AUGGUUUCGCAAAAGUUGUUUGCUGCGUUUGCGGCUUUGAGCUUUGUCGCUGGGUCUGAGGCGGCGCUGUGUAGACCAAAGUCUAGCACCAGCGUGGAUAUAACUUCGUCUUCAACUGUUGAGACGUCUUCUGUUGCGACUGUUUCGACUGACAGUACCACGGUUGCUACUACAACUACCGAGUCUGCAUCCUCGACGAUCGAGUCCUCUUCUACUGUCAUCACCGUCUCAACCGAAAGCACUACACUCGCUACAUCCACCACCCAAGCCGCCUCAUCGACUACUUCAUCCGCCGAGCCUAUUAUCACCAACAUCCUCAUCAACGGCGACUUCAACGACGGCCGCACCAUCGACCCCUGGACGUCUGGCCUCAACGGCGGCACUGACGGCCUCAGCCUCGACCCGGACACCCAGGUGCAAGGCUGGUCUCUCGCCCUCUCCACGACAGGAUCCCUGACCAGCUACUACGUCUUCAACACGCUCGACGCCUCACGAAUCGUGCCGGGCGCGGGAUACGAUCUCUCGGCGUAUGUCGAUCUCGCCUACAACUUUGGCGGCGGCUACGGAUGUGACAGUGUUGACAUCUACUGUGUGUGGGGAGGACUUAAUCAGGCAGAGGGUCAUACGUCGGCUACAACUACAGAUGGAAGGUUUCAGGAGCUGACGACGACGUGUCGAUGGACGGAGGAGCAGGCUGGGGAUAACCCCAAGGUCUUGUUCAAGUUUGAGUGUGCUAAUGCGUAUUCGCACAUCGACGAGGUGACACUGGUUGGGCCUUUGGCUCAGUAG